AUGAAACUUAUUACAUUCCUCCCCUUCGUGGCCCUCGCCGCCGCAAGCAACAACGCCAAGCCUACAUCCAGCGACAUCAGCGCUGCAAUCGCAAACUUCCGCGCUGCCUUGGAUCCCGAACAUUCAGAAGCUCCAUGGAAAGACAAUCGCCAUCUGGACAAGCUCUACUCCCGGAAGUGCAAAGAUCUUGAAGGGUGGAAGUAUUGCGUGAGCACUUGUCUCGAGCUAUGCGAUUUGAUCUGCGACUGCGGUAGCUGUCCUUCAAACUGCGUCACUCAGUGUGCGAAGAAGAAGAAGUUUCAGGGAUGUAACGGACCGGAUUAA